GGAGCGCAGCGGCGCGCAGAGGAGCCGACAGGAGCGCGUCAUUUGCGCACAGCAGCGGCCAGCAUGGCUGAAAGCUUCGUCCCGGAGCGGCCGGACCUGAAGGAGAUGGGAGAGGAGGAACUGUGGGAGCUGAUCAACGACAACCGGUACCGGAUCUCCAAGGACGUGCGGCCCUGCAUCCUGAUCCCGUACCUGAGGCAGGCCCGGGUCCUCACCGAGCUGGACGAGGACGAGAUCCUGUCGAGCCACAAGCUGGACAACCGCAGCAUGAGGACCAGCUACAUGCUGGACCUGCUGAGGACUCAGGGCCGGAACGGCGGCGUGGCCCUGCUGGAGGCCCUGAUGAUCCACUACCCCAACAUCUACACCACGGUGACGGGCCGCAAGCCCAGCACGGAGCCGUCCCGGUUCAGCGGCCUCAUCAAGUACUCGGAGCUGACGGAGUACCUGGUGCGCGCCGUGACCGGGAUGCAGAAGGAGCUGCACGGCGCCCGCGAGGAGGCCGCCGAGAAGCGCAAGCAGUGCAAGUCCCUGGAGGCGGAGAUCAAGCAGAUCAUGGAGCAGGAGGAGAAGGCCCGCUGCCUCCGGGCGGAGAACCAGCGGCUGCAGAGGCACCUGAGCUCCCUGCAGAGGGAGGUCACCCAGCUGAAGGAGGAGAAGUGCGACCUCUACAUCCGCUACACCGCCACCAUGGAGGAGAAGGCGUCUGUCAACAGCAGGCUGCACGACCUCAACCUGCAGCUGUACCAGCUCCAGACGGAGCUGCAGAGCGCCCAGACGGAGAACGAGCUGCAGAGGCAGCGCUCGCGCCGGCUGGCCUCCUCCGCCGCCUCGCCUCAGCUGCAGGAGGAGGUCCGCAGCCUCCGCAGCCAGCUGGCCAAGGCCCAGAAGCUGGACCCGGCCCGGCAGGACAUCCUGGCCCAGGACCUGGCGGAGGCCAUCGACAGCCAGGUGGAGCUGGCGGAGCAGCUGCGGUGUUACCGGGAGGAGAACGAGCAGCUGCUGCGGGACAAGAAGGGGCUCCUGGAGCAGAAGGAGUGUCUGAGCCACCAGGUGCAGAAACUGACCAUGGAGUGUAAGAUGCAGCAGCAGAAGAGCACCGUGAUCCAGAACCAGAUGAGAGACCUGCAGGUGGAGCGGGACCAGGCGUACAUGUCCAGAGACGAGGCCCAGGCCAUGAUCACCCGGGUCCUGGCCGAGAAGGACGCGCUGAGGGACCAGCUGAUGGAGCUGCAGGAGCGCGUCUUCUGUCUGCACGCCAAGCGCCGGUCCCGCGAGCGGCAGCACAGCUCGGAGGAGCGGGACGUGAGCUUCGACAGCCCGCAGUCCAGCGGCGAGGAGUGUCCCGUCCCGCCCAGACGCAGGCUGCGGCGCAUGGACGCCGUCAACCCCAUGUCCAGGAGCUUCUUCAGCUCAGAGUAUGAAGACCCUGUGGCCAGCAGCGUCCGGUCCCGGAGCGCCGAGCCGCCCAGUCCAGAAUCCCUCCGCCGCAGGAAAAAGGUCCUGUACGAGGACAACAGCUCUGAAGCAACGGAGUGCGACACUCUGCUGGAGGACUUCGUGGUUCUGCCCGAUGUAGGAGGUGAAGACGAGAAGGCGCCUGGGCUGUCCCCCUGCGAGGACACGUUCAGCUUGUCCUCGAAGACCUCGGCUCCCCCCUUCCUGCUGCGCUCGCGUCCCAAGGCGCUCCGCGUCACCGCCCGCAUCCUGAGCCUGUCCUUCCAGGGCGAGGCGCUGCCCAGCCAGCUGAGCGUGGUGGGCGGCAACAAGACCGGCGUGUUCGUGCACCAGGUCACCGAGGGCAGCGCCGCCCACGCCGUGGGCAUCAGCCCGGGAGCACAGAUCGUGGAGCUGAAGUACGAGCAGAACCAGAAGGCUCUGAGGAUGACCCUGGAGGACUCCACUUUGGAAGAGGCGACCUGGGCUCUGGGUCAGGUCACUGGCCUCUGUCACCUCUCCCUCCGGCCCAAACAAGACGAGUACGAGGCGCUGCUGCAGCAGCUGCAGGGCAGCAAGAUGUCCUCCGGAGACUCCUUCUACGUCCGGGUCAACAUGUCUCUGGCCGCCGGCUCCAGCGGGACUCUGUCCGUGUCCUGCAACGACAUCCUGCACGUGACGAACACCAGGCCGGCGGGCGCCGAGGACCUGUGGUACGCCAGCCAGGUUCACCCCAUGAAGCUGCUGGACCUGCAGAGCGGAACUGUGCCCAAUUAUUACAGAGCACAGAGGCUCCUGAUUCGAAUACUUGAAGACAUAAGCUUUCAAACAAAGAAGUCUCCGAAGGACCAGAACAAACAGAAGGCAGUGAGGAUCGUCAGCACCGGGCGCCAGGGCAGGAACCCUCUGUGGGUCAGCAUCGAGGAGGAACACAACAAGAGCGCAGAGUCCGGAGACACAUCUGCGCCCAAAAGUUGCGUGACCCUCAUGCCCUACACCCUGGUCACCCCCCACGUCCCCCCCACCUGCAGACCGGUCCUGCUGCUGCCCACCGUCCUGGGCCGCACCCUGGACAAGAAGCUGGCCAGCUGGCAGGGCUUCCAGCUGUGUGAGCCCGAGGUGCUGAGCUCCAGUGAACACGCUGCCAGACUCCAGAAAUCCGAGAUCCUGGAGGAGUGCGAGCAGGGAAGAAACUGCUGCUACACCCUGCAGAGUGUGGAGAAAGUCAUGAAUAAGGGGAUCCACUGCGUGCUGCCGCUGGGUCUGGACUGUGUGCGACGGCUGCACCGCUUCAAGAUCUACCCCAUCAUCAUCUUCAUCGGCCAGACGGCGCGCAGCGCUCGCAAACUGAAGUACAUCCGGUCGAAGCUGCUCCGUCCCAGCCACUCCGAGGACCAGCUGCUCUGCUGCUCCAAGAACGAGGAGCCGCUGCUGGACAAGCUGCCGUGUCUGUACCACAGCGUGGCGCCCGACUCCUGGUGCGACCAGAACUCGCUGCUCACCAACCUGCGGGGCAUCAUCUGGGAGGAGCAGAAGAAGAUCGUGUGGGUGGAGCCAGACCUGUGGUGAAGCUGGACACACACACACACACACACACGCACACACACACACACACACACACCGAGUGGACAGUUUGAUACCGACACACACAAAGCGGGAAAAUAAGCUUUACAAGAGAGAUUUUUGUGAAGAUGAGUAAGUAUCUGUGAUACGGACUGCGGAUGUGAAGGAGUUUGACUCUACUGGAUGAAAACAUGAAUCCUGUUUAAGGUAUUUGUUUAAAACAAACACAUGUAAUGUCUCUGAAGACACAGACGCUUGUCUGGAUUAUGUACUGUAAUCUGGUCUGACACUGUCAGAAGAACCCAGCCCACCACUGUAAACGUCAGCUCAGAGUUCGUCUGGUUAGUCCUGGUUCCGCGUGUCGGAAACAAACUGCAGCUCCGGUGAAACAGGACGUUUAGAACGUUACAACAGUCAUUAAUGAAGGACUGAGACUCAGUUAAAUGGAACAAAAUAUUCUGUCUGGAGGAAAUGAUUCUUCAAUAGUAGUUAUUUCAGCUGCAAGUUCAGCUCGUUCAUCUUACCACGAGGUCUGGGUUAGUUAUUAUAACUAGAGUCUGAGUUAAUUAUAACAACUAAAGUCUUGGUUCGUUGUAACAACUACAGUCUUGGUUGUUAGAAUCACUAAGUUAGUGCUUACUAAUAAACUGUGUCCUUCACUUUAAAUACGCCGUAUUCUGUCCUUCCUGAAAAUAACUAGUUGGUUGUUGAAUCUUCGCCACAUUUUGUUCAGUCUGAUGCUGUUAACUCAGUCAACCAGCGGUUAGUUAACCCACCAUCCAGAGUAUGUUACAGUCAACUAACAGCUCAACCAGCUGACACGUGGAACUGGUUCAUUCUAAAUUUUUUAAGUUUUUAUAAGUAACUUUUGGGUUUUGUGGUGUGGAGAGAAACUGAAUGAUCUCCUAAUAAUCCUGACGCUGCUAAGACGGUUUCCUCUGUCUCUCAGUUAUUUUCACCCUCAACCAGAAUCCCCUCUGGGCCACUGGGUGAUUUCUGUAUUUAGACACUUUUCACAGUUUAUUCAGAAGAAUUCUGUUUCCUGUCUGUGGGGUUCUCUUUGACUCUGUUUUCUUGGUUUCUUUUGGAAUAAUAAACAUUGAUUCUAUA